AGAGAGAGAAAAAACAUAAGCUAGGAUUCCAACUAAUGCCAAUUCUGGUUACCAGAACUGGUUUGAGAAUACAUUCGAAUACAGAAACGUUCUUCCACCACUCUAAUAGUAAGUGGCUGCUGCAUCACCCGUGACACUGAUGGAAACAUAUGAAAAAGGACAAUGAAAAUGAUAGCAUGCCACAGAAUGGACCUAAGUAGACAGUCAAGACAAUAUCCAAAAUAAGAAUCACUCAUGGCUCGGAGUCCUUGGCUGUCCGCACCUUAGCCUCUGGGGUAUUGUUCCACCUGAUAUUUCCAUGUUGUCGAAGAGCAGUGAAGCUCUCUGGCUGUUGUUUGGGGUUGCUGCCCUCACCCCCUGAAUAGACCCUGCCAGGUAUUACUCUACCUCAUCAGGAAAGUCGAAUGAUAGCUUCUUGCCAUUAUAUUAUAUAUCCUCAGUGCAGUGAGAUAAAUCAGGAAUGAUUCUGUAUCCUUCUGGCGGAGCUCUGCUCUGACUUCUUUUAAGCUUUUCCUCUGUUGUGUGUCAUUCCUGGGCAGUAAUUUACACAGAAUUGCAACUGGGCGCCAUCCUGGAGAGUGGGCGUUGUCUUGCUCUCUGCAGUAUAGCCUGCCAAUCUGUAUAGCGUAGAAGUCUUGUGGACAUGAUUCUUGGAUGCAAGAAGUUAUUCGAGUAAAUAUAAUGGGCUCUGUCUAUCUUCGGUAGCUUUCCAGUUGGUAGCUUUAGCUCCGGAAUCCAUGUCUGGAACAUGGUUUUAAAGCUGGCCCCAAAAUCUCAGUCAGCAUUUCAGUAGAGGUGUGAUCUUGUGUCUAAAAAGUAGCAUACUGUAGCUUUUCCAAGACCUUGCUCUCAGGAACAAAAUACUCUGUAGCCUUAUGCUUUUAACUUUUCUAUGCAUGUGCUUCUGCAACAGGAGAGUUUAGCAGUGGACAUGGCUUUUCCCAAGCAUUCCAUCCUGCAGGCCCUGAGUGUGCUGCUCUUGGCCUGGGUUUUGGUGCAUUGCCAGACCUCUCUCAAAGCAGAGGAAGAGGAGGAGGAAGACCAGAUAACAGUGACCAGUACUGCAACAGCGGUGACGAAAUCUGAGCCAAUCCAGUGUCCAGCAGAGUGCAGCUGUACAACAGAAGGGGCAGUGGACUGUGCUGGAGUCGACCUCACAGAGUUUCCCACCACUCUGUCUGACAAAACCCGCCAGCUGUCUCUACAGAACAACAAAAUUGAGAAGAUAACAGUGGAGCACAUUUCCCAUCUGCAUGAGCUUGAGACUCUCAACCUUCAGAACAACUGGCUUACCACAGAUGGCCUUGAAGAUGAAGGUUUUGAGAUACUCGAACAGCUGGCCUAUUUAUACUUGGCAAAUAACAAGCUUACCUGGGCACCAAAGGUCCUACCGCCCUCUUUGGUCAGUGCUGAUUUUGCUGCUAAUCAGCUUACAAGGAUCUACCCGUAUACGUUUGGCCAUAAACCAAAGCUGAGGUCUGUCUAUCUCCAUAACAACAAGCUGACUGACGCAGGGCUUCCUGAUCACAUGUUCAAUGCUUCUGACACCUUAGAGAUCCUUACCAUGUCCAGCAACUUCCUGCGGGUGGUCCCAAGGAACCUGCCCUCCACUCUUUACCGUCUUCAUCUGAAGAGUAACAAGCUGGAGAAAAUUCCAGCAGGGGCCUUUGACAACUUGUCCAACCUCAGAGAGCUGUAUCUGCAGAACAACCUCCUCAGCAAUGAGGGCAUGGACAAUGAGACUUUCAGCCAUCUGAGCAGCCUGGAGUGCCUGGACUUAUCAAAUAACAAUUUGAGCGUUGUCCCCAAAGGUCUGCCUCGCAGUCUAGUACUGCUACACCUGGAAAAGAACUCCAUCCGCAGCAUCCCUGGAGAUGCUCUUACCUCUGUUCGAAAUCUUGAGUACCUGCUACUCCACAAUAACAAGCUGCGCUCACGUUCCAUCCACCAUGCUGCCUUUCUGGGAUUGAAGAAGCUUCAUACUCUACACAUGUACAACAAUUUGCUGGAGCGGGUUCCAAGGGGCUUGCCACGACGAGCUAAGACCCUAAUGCUGCUCCACAACUUAAUUUCUGAAAUUGGCCGCAACGACUUGGCCCACUUAUACACUCUGACGGAACUCAACCUCAGCUAUAACAAGCUGACCAGCCCCAAAGUUCACCGUGAGGCCUUCAGGAAGAUGCGUGUGCUGGAAACCCUGGACCUGUCAGGAAACAGUCUCCACUCCAUGCCCCUGGGUCUUCCUCGCAGCCUUCAGGUGCUCGAACUGAAGAACAACCAGCUCAGCUCCAUACCAGACGGUGCACUGACACGCAUGGAGAAGCUACAAAAGCUCAUCCUAAGCGACAACCAACUAAAACUGAACUCAGUCUACCAGGGAGCCUGGAUGGAGCUCAGUGCACUCACAACACUAGACCUGUCUGGCAACCAGUUGUCACACAUCCCAUCUGACCUGCCUGAAUCACUGGAGUACCUUUACCUGCAAAGUAAUCGCAUCUCCAGUGUUCCUGCUUCAGCAUUUGAAGGCACUCCGAACAUUAAAGGCAUCUUCCUCCGGUUCAACCGCCUGUCUGUGGACUCUGUUGACGAGAGCUCUCUCGCACACCUGUCUAAGUUGCAAGUGCUAGACAUCGGCACUGGAAACGCUGACCUCCCCUUUAAAAGAAUUCAGAUUGAGGAUGAUGAUGAGAUGACGGAAGAGGUGCAGGAAACAUAAGACAUGGUCGAUAAAGCUGACACAUUGAUUGCAUCGCAUCAAGGAUAGAAACGAACUUGUCAGUGUCAUUUCCCAGAUUCACUGUUGUGUUGGUAAGUGACAGAGUCACAUGUUUCUGGUGCAGGAUACCAGAAGAAGUUUACUUUGAUUUCCAUUUUAUGGGCUGGUUAGUAUUGCAUUCUUUAUAACUGAGCUUUAAUACGGUUUUGACUGCUGGCAUGCAACAUCUGUUACCAACAUUGUGUUUUUGUACCUUAUUCAAAAACAAAAGUCAAUUUGAAUUUUCCAUGUAAGUGUCUUUGAAUCAAUGUCAAAAAUUUCAGCUGAGUGAAAAAAGAGGACACUGUGCAUGGUGAUGUCCACUUUGUGUCACUUUUUUUAGUGACUGCUUUGUCUCCCUGGCUUAAAAAAGUGAAUUUACUCAAAAUACUAUGAAACAGUUUGUGUUUUUAAGACCAAGGGCCUGAUAAGCAGCCUGGCUCCCACUGAAACUACCAAAGCUACAGUAAUUGUUCAGGGAAACACUCUGACUCUUAAAUAGGACUGCAAUUCCAUGUCAUUAUCAAAUAAUUUAUUGCUAACUGUUUCAAAUAAUCAGUAUCUUUGUCUAUAAAAUGUCAAAAUGACAAAUGCCAGUCACACGCUUGAUGUGAUUUCAUUGUAUAAAAAAUGUCAAGCAUUUCAUUUCUAUUUAGUAGAAAAAAUAAAGAGCAACACCUCCAAUUUGUGAAGCUUUAAACUUACAAUCCUUAAUAUUUUCAUUAUAUCAAGAAAUGUUUUUCAUAGGAUUUAUGGCCUGCAUCUUUUUUUAGCAAAACAGCAGCCAGUCACUGUGUUUACAUUAUUUAAUUAUGGUACUACAUGAUUAUUAUUACUGGUGGAGUCCACCUUUCCUGGGUGAAAUACAGAUUAGGUAUCUACUAGAUGUAAUAUUACCAUGAUGGGUGAAAUUAUUGCUUGUUUUUCUUUAGGCUUCCCCCCAGAAAUAUGUUAUAAAAUCAACCAGGACUGAAAUCUUAAGGAUUGUAACUUUAUCCAAUAAAUGUUCGGUUGUUUCUAUUUUUUUGCUGAAAUUAUUAAUCACAAUCAAAAUGAUCUAUACCACCUUUCCUUCAGUUGGCUAAUUGAAUUAAGGGUAUUUUUCAGCAUUGCUCUCAAAUCCUGCAGAAGUUGUCAAAAAGUGACAGGCAGCCAGUGAGUUGUCUGAAUGAGAACAUUUAUCUUAGAAAUCAAUGAUUUACUGACAAUGUGGACAUCACUAUUUUUGUAUUCUUCUUUUAUCAUGUUCUUGUUAAGGAAAUAUUCCACGCAUAAACGCAAUUUCAAAAUAUCUGAAGCUUCACCCCAUGCUGCUGCUGCUGCUACUUCAGUCCAUGUCUGUUUUGUAAAACAAACAAACAAAAAGAGAUAGCAGAUAUUUUUAUAUGACAUCAAACACAUUCAUCUUAUUACAGUCACUAUAUUGCUAUGAAUGCAGUGUCACUUUCACAUACAGCAGUAUUGUAUUGUCACAUAUACGUACAGUCACUGAACACAGCAAUAAAUUAUAUGAAAAGGCUGAAGAAAUGUGUGCGUUUUCUAACAUUCACCAGAACAUCAGCCAAUAUUUUAGCAUAUUGUCCCUCACAGGGCAG